AUGGCUGACCAGCUGACAGAGGAGCAAGUGGCCGAGUACAGGGAGGCCUUCAGCCUGUUUGACAAGGACGGGGAUGGCACCAUCACCACCCGGGAGCUGGGCACCGUCAUGCGGUCCCUGGGCCAGAACCCCACGGAGGCCGAGCUGCAGGCCAUGGUGAGCGAGAUCGACCGUGAUGGCAACGGCACCGUGGACUUCCCCGAGUUCCUGAGCAUGAUGGCCAGGAAGAUGAAGGACAGGGACAGCGAGGAGGAGAUCCGGGAGGCCUUCCGCGUGUUCGACAAGGACGGCAAUGGCUUCAUCAGCACCGCCGAGCUCCGCCACGUGAUGACCAGGCUGGGGGAGAAGCUGAGCGACGAGGAGGUGGACGAGAUGAUCCGGGCAGCCGACGUGGACGGGGACGGGCAGGUGAACUACGAGGAGUUUGUCCGCAUGCUGGUCCCCAAGUGAGGGGCUGGGGUCCGGAUGCUGUGGCCCCCGCCCGUGCUGUCCCGGCUUCAUGCUUUGCUGAGACAUCUGCCUCAGGCCUUGCAUUACU